AUGUUCUUGAAGAAGGUUCUUAUAAUGGAUGAAGAAAACAAUCUUAUGGAAGAAUCUUGCGAGGUAGAAUUCGUCUGCGGUGAUCCUAAAGUUGAUAUUCGUGUUGGAGAAGAGUAUCAGGCCGAGAUACCUCCUACGAUGUCUGAAUCCAAACGUGCAGCGUUUCUUCCGAAUUUUCUAGAUUCGGAUCUCGACUCUGGUUCAUCUUGUUCAUUUGUGGUGGGACUACCUCUCGAGGUAAUGUGGAUAGACACCAAAUAUCAAGGUCCUGGAGAUGAUAAUGUCGACAUGAGCGAGUCUCUCAAAUCUCUGAGAACAAAGAGAAACCGCAGAGGUGAGAGUGAGGGGAACGGGAAAACUAAGCAAACGAUGAAUCUUAAGGCUAUCCCUGAGAAACCAUCGAGUUCUUGGGAAGAUUUUGAAGUAGAUGGCUUUGUUCUUGGUCUUUAUACAUUCGGGAAGAACUUUACUCAGGUUAAGAAGUUUCUGGAGAGCAAAGAAACAGGAGAGAUACUUUCUUUUUACUACGGAAAGUUCUACAAAUCUGCUAAAUACAAGACUUGGUCUCAUUCCCUUAAGAAGCGAAGCAGGAGAUGUAUACAAGGUAAGAAGCUCUAUUCAGGUUGGAGGAUACAUCAGUUGUUGUCCCGUUUAAUUCCCAACAUUGACGAUGAAACGCACAAACAGAAGCUUAUGAAAGUCUCAAAGUCAUUUGCUGAAGGAAACACAUCUCUGGAGGAUUAUAUCGGCGAAGUGAAGGAGCUAGUGGGUCUUAAGUCUCUUGUAGAGGCUGUAGCAAUCGGUAAAGAGAAAGAAGAUCUCACAGUACUCACAACAGAGCCCGUAAAAUCGAAACAAUGGUUCACAGUUUCUUCGUCUCCGGUCGCUGCUGGUUUAGGAGCAUACACUUCGCUUACACCUGAUGAGAUAGUCGAAAAACUGAGUGGCGGUUCACGUCUGAGUAAAGCCCGUUGCAACGAUAUCUUUUGGGAAGCCGUGUGGCCGCGUUUGUUAGCUAGAGGGUGGCAUUCCGAGCAGUCGAAAGACCGAGGUUACAGCAAGUCUAGAGACAACAUCGUCUUCCUCAUCCCCGGUGUAAAGAAGUUUUCAAGAAGGAAACUUGUUAAACAGAGUCAUUACUUUGAUUCCAUCAGUGACAUUCUCAAAAAAGUUGUUUCUGAGCCUGAGCUUCUUGAGUUUGAGACAGUGGAGAUUAAACUUUCCAAUGGAUUCUUGGAAGAGAACAUUCGCGUCCAAGAGAAACGCCGUUACCUCAAGUCUCCAGAUUCUUCUUCUACUCAUAUGAAGUUCACUGUUGUGGACACUACUAGUUUAGCUUCAGGAGGGAAGCUAUGCGCGAUUCGAGAGUUAAAGAAUCUGAAUCAAGAAUCACUAGCUUCUCAAGAAAAUUCUUGUCAAGGAGAUAACAAUUCAUCUGUGGAAAGAUUCGAAAAGGCGCAUUUGGAUGCACAGAAGCGAGCCAAGCUUGCUGAUGAACCUAAAUGGGAAAAGAGACGAAUGAAGAAACUUGUGGAUGAGCCGAUGAGAUUCUUGAUCGUGGACACAAGUGUGGACCAUGGUUUGCAGUCAUUGGGGCUUAAGAGAUGGCGACAUUUGCCUAGUGAUGAGAAUCUCUGCAAGAUCCGUAGAGAGGACUUUGGUGAUUCAUCAAAGAACCAAUCUGGUGGGAAUUGUGAGUAUCAUCCUAAUGGGACUGAUUCUGGUGUAUAUGUGGAGCCUUUGGAGAGUCUUACACAAGGCCGGUCAAAGAAGAGAUCCGUCCGAAAACCGGAAUCUAAUAACCAUCAUUCGGUUAGUUCUUCUCUCCCCUGUCCUAAACGCAGGCGGCUCAGUGAUUGUGUAAGGAAAGAUAUUAAACGUUCUGGUGAAAGUUCGUUAUUGGUUGGUUCUAUGAACAUCAAGACUGAGCAAGUAGAAGAAACUGGAAAUGGGAUUGAGAUUCAAGAAAGGCCUGAAACUGAACCAAAUGGGUUAUGUUCCAAACAAGAAGCUUUACAUGAAUCCAAUUCAUCAGAACAAGAACAAGAGGAGUCAAACCGGUUAUGUUCCGACAAGAAAUCCUCUUCCAUGGAUCUGGAAACUGCCCAACAACAAGAGAAACCGAUGCAGCUUCCUUCCAUGUCGGUCACAGACAAGAAGUCUCCUUCCACUGAUCAUGAAACUACUCAAGAAGUUGCAUUUGUAGAAGAGAAAGGAGGAGAGCAGAACCAAGAGAGUAAUAACACGGAUCUUCCAAGAAGACAAAGCACAAGAAAGAGGCCAUUGACUACUCGUGCUCUAGAAGCUCUUGAAUCAGGCUUCUUUACAGAAAAGAGUUUGAAAAGUUCAUCUAAACCGAGAAGACGUGAAAGGUCUACAAAGAUCAAGAACUCAGCCAGUGCUACGAGAACUCGAGGUAAGUCAGAAAAGGGUUUUCAUGUAAAGGAAACCACAGAAAGUAGACCGCUGGAUCAAGUAGAGGAUUCGGAAUCGAGCUUUCUUGUGAGUGAAGCAACAGUGAAGAGUGAGCCUGCGGAUCAAAUAGAGGAUUCGAAGAAGGUGACAACCGAGUUACCUAAACGUCCACCGAUUGUUUUGAAAAUUCCCUUUAAGCGUGGCUGAAGAAAGCGUUUAAGACUCGAAUCAUAUUUUGGGGCGUUUUGAUCUUAGAGCUUGAACUUGUUGAAGAAAAUGUGUACAGAAGAAGAGAGCUCUUUAGACAGAUUAAUAUUCUUUUGAUACAUAUCACAUAUCCAUGGCUAAUAACAUAUUCUUUUGAAAUCAUUUCUUGUAUCUUUUACCAAAUUAAAACAGGCCUAAACUUUUUUUUUUUUGACGACACAUGCCUAAACUAAUUGCUC